AUGAAGAAUUUAAAAAAAGAAGACAAGUAUCUUUUUCUUCCCCUUAAUACCAAUGCUACCACACGAGUCUCCCGCACCUCGCCGAGACUCGUGGACACGCUAAAAUCCUCCAACGAGAGAAGCAGUGAGAUCGAGGGCGAGAUUCUUGAGGAUAGGCGGAGCCUCCACGCGCCACUGGAAGGCGCUGAGCGAUCGAGGGCGAGGGAGGCGCUGGUGGAGGGUGGCGGUACCAGCUGCGGGGACGGCUGCGGUAGCGGUAGCGGGGACAGUGGUGGUGGUAGCGGUUGCGUGGGCGGCGGUGGUUUUACCGGUAGUGGGGGCAACGGCGGUGGUGGCGGUAAAAGGAGCGGCGGGGGCGGUAGCAGUAACAGGGCAGGUGGUAGCGGUGGCGGUAGCGGUGGCGGUAGCGGUGGCGGUGGCGGUAGCGGGGGCGGCAGCAGUAUGGGCGGUGACCGUGGCGUUCGCGGAGGCGUGGGUGGCGGCACGAGGGGCGACUGUGGCGUAGAAGCGGCUAUCAUUGCCUGGAAUAACGCCAGUCAAACUGAGCCAGUUAGUCCCAUACCCCAGUUAGUCCCAUACCCCAGUAGUCCCACACUCAAUCCAGCUAGUCCCACGCCAAUUAGCCCCACACCAGUUAGACCGCCGCCAGUUCGUCCCACGCCAGUUAGCCCCACACCAGUUAGACCGCCGCCGGUUCGUCCCACGCCAGUUAGCCCCACACCAGUUAGACCGCCGCCAGAUCGUCCCACGCCAGUUAGCCCCACGCCAAUUCGUUCCACGCCAAUCAUCAAGUCGUCCGGAGUCAGGUAG